AUGGUGGCCGUGACAAUUGGGAGUAGUCAAGAGGAGUAUCAUUUGCUGCUCGAUUCGGCGGCGAGUAAUACGUGGGUCAUGAGCGAGGACUGCGGGACGGAUGCGUGCGGGAGGCACAAUACGUUCGGAGAGGGGGACUCGAGUACGCUGAAGAUAGAAGAUACCACAUUCUCAAUCACAUACGGCACCGGCUCUGUCUCCGGCACCAUUGCCAGUGACACCGUCCACAUCGGGGGCUCCCUCUCGCCCACGCUCACCUUCGGCCUCGCGACCAAUGUCUCCUCCGAAUUCAGCUCUUACCCCAUGGACGGCAUCCUAGGCAUAGGCCGCGGAGACACCGUUUCCGGCACCAUCGAAGCGCCGCAGCUCAUCAACGUGCUUUCCUCCUCGAACCUCAUAGACGCAAAACUAUACGGCGUACACUUAUCUCGCACCGCUGACGGGACGAAUGAUGGUGAGCUCAACUUCGGCUCCGUCAACAAAGACCGCUUCGACGGCGACAUAAACUACCUCUCCGCUGUAGACAACGACGACGGUUUCUGGGAAAUCCCUAUCGCCGAUGCGGGCGCCGACUCCACGCUUCUCUCCCUCGCUUCUCGCAGCGCGAUAAUCGACACGGGCACUUCCUUCAUCCUGAUGCCCGAGCCCGACGCCGUCGCGCUCCACAAACUCAUCGACGGCUCGACGCAAUCUGGCGAAACAUUCACCGUGCCCUGCGACACUGACAAAGCCCUACAAAUCAAGUUCGGCAGUGUCACAUACGAUGUCUCGACCAAGGACUGGGUAGGCGGGACGUUGGACACCGGGGGUUGCAAAAGCAACGUCAUUGGGCGACAGACGUUUGGCGAGACGCAGUGGCUGGUUGGAGAUGUGUUUCUCAAGAACGUGUACACGGUGUUUGAUUUCGACAACGCGAAGGUCGGGUUUGGUGUCCAGAGUGGAGGUGACAGCGAGCCGGAAGAGAGCGCUUCUACGUUAUCGCCGACUGCAACGGCUUCAGGAGGUGAGUCGAGCUCACCUACUUCAACGACUGUGAUGGCAACGGGAACUGAUACCGCGGCCCCUACAGGAGGAGCUUCUGCAACGGCAGGCCAGGGCUUCCAACCCUCUCCCACGUCUGGGACUGCGAAUCCGUCGGCGGCUGCCGCGGGCGAGCCUUCUGCAUCGGCGUCUGCUGAGGGCGGAGUUGGACGAGCUUCUACUCCUUCGGCGUGCUCAUUUGCUCUCUCGAUAGCACUAGGACUGCUUGCGUUGUUUGGAUAG